AUGGAUUACUCGCACGCCGCCUACUUUGCUGGAGCACAGCCCUCCUACCACCAGUUCAUCGGCAUUCCUCCCUUGACCCCUUCGCAUUCCAACUCCGCCGGCUCCGACGACUUCAACACGACCUCUCCACCGGAGGGCUUCGACCAUUUCCCCAAUGACCAGUUCCAAAACUUCGAGCAGUAUGCUGCCCAUUUCAACCCCCAGCAGACCUUCCCCGGUCCCCCGGGUCCGCCCACGCCGCCGAACCAGCACCCUGCUGCCCUUGGCGGCCAGCAGCAGCAGCAGCAGCAGCAAGCGCAGACACUCAAUGGCGGCGCAGCGGCGGCCAACAUGAAGGCGAUCCCCGCCGAUGUCCUGGCCAUGACCAAGGCGGAACCGAACGAUGAUCUACGGGGCGGGCGCCAGGGAUCCAAUUCGGACGAGGAUGAGCUCACACCGGCUCAAUCGAGGCGGAAGGCCCAGAAUCGAGCUGCUCAACGUGCCUUCCGAGAGAGGAAAGAACGCCAUGUCAAGGAUCUGGAAGCCAAGCUGGCCUCUCUCGAGGCUGCUCAGCAGCAUACGGCCACCGAGAAUGAGCGACUGAAGCGGGAUCUCCAGAAGAUAAGCACGGAGAACGAGAUCCUGCGGGCUACGUCCUCCAUGCAGGGUGCGGGCUCGCCGGGAUCCAACGGCGGUGCGCCGACCACGACAGGGCCCAUGUCCUACAACCCGACAGAUUUCUACUCCAACGUCUUGUCCAACCACCCCAACAAAACACCCAGCCACCGCAUAGUGACCAGUGACGACGGCGAGCGGCUGUAUGCGGCCGGUGCGACCUGGGACUUCAUCAUCGGCCACGACCUGUACAAGAGAGGCCUGGUGGACAUUGCUGAUAUCAGCAAUAGGCUGAAGUCUCAGGCGAAAUGUGACGGACAGGGUCCUGUCUUUGAGGAGCGGGCCAUUGUCCAGGCUAUCGAGGAGAGCGUUGCGAGCGGCAGCGACGAACUCCUGUAA